AUGGACACUCUGGACCUGUGCCCGACACCACCCCUGCGACUGAACUUACCUCUGAACCUGUGCUCAACCCCAAACCUGCACCCACCCCUGCAUCUGCACCUGCCUUCGAACCUGCACUCGUCCCUGCCCCUGCCCCUGCCUUCGAACCUGCACCCACCUUCAAACCUGCACCCGCCUUCAAACCUUCGCCCGACCCCAACCCUGCAUCUGCACCCACCUUCGAACCUGCACCCACCCCUGCACCUGCCUUCGAACCUGCAUCUGACCCUGCAUCUGCACCUGACCCCAUCCCCACCCCUGCAUCUGCACCUGCCUUCGAACCUGCACCUGCCUUCGAACCUGCGGCCGCCCCUGCAUCUGCACCUGCCUUCAAACCUGCACUCGUCCCCACCCCUGCCCCUGCACCCGCCUUCGAACCUGCACCCACCUUCAAACCUUCGCCCGACCCCAACCCUGCAUCUGCACCCACCUUCGAACCUGCACUCACCCCUGCACCUGCCUUCGAACCUGCAUCCGACCCUGCAUCUGCACCUGACCCCAUCCCCACCCCUGCAUCUGCACCUGCCUUCGAACCUGCACCCGACCCCACCCCCACCCCUGCAUCUGUACCCACCCCUGCAUCGCCCCCCGCCCCUGCAACUGCACCCGCCUGCGAACCUCCAACAGACCCCACCCUCCCCCCUGCAUCUGCACCCGCCUUCGAACCUGCGCCCACCCCUGUAUCUGCACCCACCUUCAAAUCUGCACCCGCCUUCAAACCUGCACCCGACCCCACCCCCAACCCUGCAUCUGCACCCGCCUUCGAACCUGCGCCCGACUCCACCCCCGCAUCUUCACCCGCCUUCGAACCUGCGCCCGCCCCUGCAUCUGCACCCGACCCCACCCCUGACCCCACCUCUGAACCUGUACCCACCCCGACCCUAUGCCCGCCCACCCCCGCACCUGCGCCUGCCCUAUGUCCGACCCCACUGCUGA